UGUUGGUGUUGGUGUUUGUGUCUGUCAGAUUUUCUCCAGUGUCCAGUUUCAAGCUCUCUUCGCGAUGACGCAUCGUCCAUGAAAAAUGGCCGACACCAUCAUCGAGAUCACGAACAAAGAGAGACUGAAAUUGGAACUACAGGCUGCGAAACAGAAAGGAGCGAUCAAGAGUGGCGAGGGAGCGAGUAGCGCACGGGCGUGCGCGAGGUGCCGCGCAGAGCUCGGUCGUAUCAUCAACAGAGGAGCGUUCUGUCGGUGGUGCAGACACAGGGUGUGCAAGAACUGUCGGGAGUACACGACCAAUCAGACGUCCGACUGGCUGUGUACAGUCUGCUUCAAACACAUGGAGCUGACAGCUGCGUCCGGGGAGUGGAUGAACCAGUUUGUGCGGCGGCCGAGCAAGAGGCGAGACAACCGCAUCAAUGCUGUGGAGACGGUCAAGCGUAGCCUACAGCGCUCUUGGACUUUCUCAGAUGCGACAGCUUCGCCGUGGGCUGCUCUGAGGAACUCGCCGGAGAUGCGAGCCUACAGCAGCAUGCCUCGACAGAAAGAUUUCGAGUUCAUCGCCCGCACCGCCUUCACCAACCAACUCAACAAGUCCGAGCCAAACGAACAACACGAUCAACUGGAACCCAAAACAGACUCCGACAAAGAGAAUGUUUCUGAUGCAGAAACGUCUGCUGAAAAAGAAAAUGUGGAUGAAAAUGUUGUUGAAGAAAUUAUUGAGGGAAGUGUGAUCCCCUUGACAUUUACCGACAAUGAAUCCAGCAUCGGAAGUCCAGUGGUACACAAGCGUACGUUUAGUGAGAGCACUUCGGUAGACCAGUCCUCAAUCGGCAGUCCGAUCAUCGAGAACCGAUGCUUCCAUGACAGCCCUGCCGCCUCCUCCGGUGAGAGCCCCCUGGUGGAGAAGAGGGUCAUUGAACCCAUAACUGGCACUGUGUUUCGCAAAGUCACACUCAAAAAGCGUCGAGUGGACACCCGUCAUUUACCACCUGGUGUGACACCGCCCCGGAGUCGUCGCACACUCGUCCCCGACAAACAGUCGGACAGAGAGGAGGAGUUGAGGGACAGAGACGACUACAAGCUGGUGUUCAUCAGCUCCAGCGACUCCAGCAGCCGCGAGGAGUUGCAAAGUGACGCUGACGACAGAUCGUCUACCAGCUCCGGUCUAGUGACGGGCAGCGCUAGCGAGUGUGACUGGGACUACUUCGAGCCCAGCGGGAGUGGAGGGGAGCAGCCAGCGCCGCCGCCGCCGUCCAGCGUCGUGCCUCAUCAGUCGCAGUGCGAGCGUCAGACCGUGUGCGUCAGUGUGCCAGUGCCGAUACCGGUCCCCAUCCCCGUGCCGAUCCCCGUGUUGGUCCCAGUGCCGUGGACUCCGCCUCCGGACCUGACCAUCCGCAUACAACACCUGUGGUCCAUGCAACAGCUGGUCACGGUCACCCUAGGCGACCAGAUGAGCCACGACCUGCGCGUGGCCGCACUCAAGCACUUCCAGGAUCUCGUCAACGGUGCCUUGGUCGGUGUGGGAAACUCGGACGAUAAAAGUGUUCCGUCCGAUACAGUGUGCGAACCGCCGGUGCCGGUGCAGCGUGAUGUGUUGACAGAGUGUAAAGCCGACAAGCAGGACGAAACUGAUUUCGUAAGUCUAGUUAACGAUAACGAUACAGGAGUGAUAGCAAAUAAUGUCACAGAAAAAGAAACUCCUCGCAACAAUUUAGGACUUCACAUCAGUGAGGAUAUAGACACUGACGGCGUAGUGUUAAAGAAUUAUAAAAAGUUGGAUAAUCAUUUUCAAGAAAGUUUUGUGGAACCGAAUAAUCAAAUAGAAUGUUUGCCGAAUGUGAUAGAAGACUCGAGAGACGACGAGUCCGUGUGUUCGUCCACAUCGUCUGAAGGCGAAAAGCCGACCAAGCGGUGCUACAAGCUCAACGGCGAGGAGAGCGAGGACGAGGGAGACAGCAGUGAAGAUGACUCUUCCGGGGAAUUCAGCGGAGGAUCUUCACUGUCGUCGUCCCCGGGCUCGAGCAGGUUCAAACGAGUGUACGUGGUGAACGACUCGGACUCGGAUCUAGGAGAACUGCCAGAAUCUCAGGCCAAUGACGAAGAGGACGGCGAGGUGACACUCAUCAGACACGAACAUUUAAACAUGGACGAGAUCAAACUAUCAACGAUAUUACAAAACCCAGAAAAACAAGAACUUCCUAUUUUUAAAAUUGAAGACGUAGACAGUGAUUCGAUAAUUCCUCUGGAUAGUUUGGAGUGCAAUAUUGUCCGUCCAGAACUGGAGCUCCCGGAGUCCGAGCACGAGACAGCGUUGUCUCUCCCGGCGACUGAGGACAAGGAUCUCGUAAAUGACACUUCGAUCACGCCCGACUCUGUCGAUAACGACUCUUAUUAUUAUUACGGUCCAAAAAGUAUAAGUGAAACUGGUGAAUUUUUAGCGCAAGAAAUAAACUACUGUGAUAAAAUAUCUCGGCGUGCCGGGGAGUUCGUCUUGGCGCAAACAGUGGAGGGGAGUGAUGAGGAGUGCGGUAAAGUGUGCGAGACGCGCGGAAGCAACACAUCGGACGAAUUCUCCGGAACGGAGUCCAUGGAGUUAGAACAAGGUCAGAUCCGGGCCGGCGGCCCCGUUAGCGCCGCGACGGGAGAAAGCUGCGCGGCGGCGGCGGGACGAUACACGAGUCUGGUGAUGAUCACUCAGGAGCCUGACCACGAUCAACAAGAUCACGCGGAGGCGGUGAAUGUGGUGACGAGUGACACGACCACUCUCGUGACUAGACCUCAGUACAGAGACAGUGACCAGGGAGAAGUACAUGUGGUGACGGGCAACGGCACGACCGCCGUGGUCAUCCUAGAGGACGGUCUACCAGACGACGACUCGUGGGUGGAAGAGCUGGACCGUGAUGAGCCACUCACUACCACCGAAGAGAGCUCGGAGGACGAUCAACACUAUGUUGACAGAGAAGAGGAGCUGCGGGGAUACAACCGACCCGUCAUCGACUUUACCCUUCAUACCAUCGUUGAAGAGAGCUGUGAGGAGAGUGAGGUGGAAAUGGAAAGAAACCGUCCUACAGAGUUAGAAAAAUACUUCUUCUACGGCGUGGGAGAUGGAUUCUCGGACAACCGCGAAAUAGACACUAUGUCAGAAACUAGCUCGUUACACAGUGAAGGUUUAGAAAGUUUGGGUGGAUUUGAAGACGGUGACAGUAAUGGUAAAGAUCCUGCUGAAUUGGCAUCAUCGAGGUUAGAAAAAUAUUUUCUGUCUGGUCUCCUAGGAUGUAGCAGAAGAGAUUCUGAUGGCAGUGUAGGUAGUGAUAGUGAAGGAAAGCCCAGUCCUGAGCAGCGCAGGAAACGACUAGUGCGAGCCCGUGGAACAGGCAGACAACAUUCUAGCUCUCAGGAUAACUUGCACGAGUCCGAGCCUCAGGACGAAGUACAACUGGAAUCCGAAGGUUCGAGCACAGAAACGGAUUCUCAUGACGAUCUCAGCAACUCCUUUGAAAAAUCCGACGGUCAAUUCGAUACUGUCAAACGUACAAAGAAAAAGAAACGGUCGGUUGUGUCAGCUCCUUCUUUAGAAUUACUAGAAACACCGGAAGAAGGCCCAGGUUCGGGAAGUAGAGACGAGCUCGAUUCCGACGACGGUAACAAAACCCCUCAACCAGAGUUCCUAUUGCCGGCCGAUCUCGUAAGCAGCCGCAACAAACAACAAAGUAGAGAUAGUGGAUUCAUGGGUAGUUGUGACGAUUUGCUUAAAGACAACAAAGAUGUUGCAAGUACUAGUGAAGUGCCGAAAACGACAGAUUUAGAAGCGGAAAAAGUUCCUGUAACUCAAAGAAGCGAAGAAACUGUGAUCCCUCAAGUAAAAAUUUCACCCCCAACCGGUUUAAUUAGAAAAGAUAGUUUUAAUAAUUGGAGUUCUGACGAAGAAACGAACUUGAUGAUGUCUAAAAUGAGACAAUUUUUCAAAACUAUGGUGGCCUCUCAGAAGGUGUCAAAUCCCAAUGUGGGUGCUAAAUGCAAACCUCCUCAAUUGGUCCAUUUCGAGUCCGAACUAACGAGAUUGAUGAAAACUGUCCCCGGUAUAAGAGACGAGCAAGUCAAGGAGAUCGUUGAAUACUUGAGUAGUGAAGACACUUGGAGUGAUUCCUACGAUUCUUCCGAUUACACGAGCUCUGACCUCGAGGGGGGAAACAAGAAAACAGCUUUACAAGAAGAAAUAUCAGCUAGUUGUCGACAAAUAAUAAGCAAUUUCGAAGCAGUGGAAGAGCCAGUUUCCAACUCAACAGACGGUGUUAAUAAAGAUACCGCCAUCGUGUACCAACGCCUGGUUGCGUCGUUCAGCAAACUAGACCCUCCGAGCUCCGACUCGUCCGCGUCCCACAACUCGCCACCGCUCAUCGCCAAGGUCAUGCAACACAUCGGUAGCAGACUGGUCGCCUUGAUGCACGAAGUGUCCAGCGCGGAAGGUGGUAGUCCAAAAACAUCACGAUACCACAGACGACUACAACACAAGCUGUCCACGACUUCGACCACCGAAGACGAAGAAGAUUCCAUAGAAGAUUACAGUCCCCUCCCGAGAUCCAAGUCCCACGACCCUCUUAUCGAAGAGAACCGCCAAGAAGCGAGUGACAACGAAAGGUUCAGUUGGCGGGGAAGUUUUGAAUCUGCCUUGAUGGCUUCGGACUCUAGACAACGUCUUUCUUCCACUGGGGAAGCGUCUGCGUCCGCCUCAGCGCUGGCGCUCGCUGCGAAACGACGCUCAGCGGGAGAUCUACUAUUCAAAACCUCUAGUAGGGAACAACUAGACAGAGUGAGGAGUUGUGGCAGCAUCGGUGGAAGUGUCGAGGACAAAAUUUGGGGACUGAGGCACCAGAAGAGGAGACGCAGUAGUGUCCCGGACUCUGGAGGCUCUAACGACGGUGACGACGAUUCUGACGAGGAAGGAGUCGGGAGGUCGACAACUCUGCCUAGAAGUUUACAAAGUUCCUGCACAGCCACCAACUCUCUGCCGAGACUCCCGACCACCCCGACGUCAGCGUCCCCUAGUAUCUACAAGGCCCACAGUGUUCACCAAGUGAGCGCCUCCAAGUCCGUGGUCUCGGCGAGGUACCGCCCCCCUGGAUACAACUCCAGGUCCAGCGCGGUCGCUCCUCCUAGGAGGGACGGUAGACGACGCGCUGCUCAGACUCCUUCCCCAUGUAACGUCUCGUCUCCGCCCAGCGUUGUCUCGGAUGAUGCGAGCGUUUGUUCCGAGUCAGUGAGUGUUCCGAUGCCAGAGGAGGAUGAGAGACUACCAAGCUCUAGGAUAUCCUUGGGCACUGGGUCCCCCCUUUUCCGCACAGCACUGCACCAUGAUAUGAUUUCACAUGGAUCCUCGGAAUUCAGUGAUGGAUUCCAUAAAUUAAAGGCUCGCAGUGACUCGUUGGCCAGUGUAUAUUCUGGUGCUGGGGAGGGAAGGUACGGCUCGGUAGCUGUGAGAGGGGAGGUGGAGUUCGGUCUACAGUACAACUACAAGCAGGGCGCCCUCGAGAUCUAUGUAAAACAGUGUCGAGACCUGGCCGCUGUGGACACAAAGCGCAACCGAUCCGACCCAUAUGUCAAAGUGUACCUGCUUCCUGAUAAAUCCAAAUCUGGAAAACGUAAGACGCGAGUCAAGAAGCACACACUGAAUCCAGUCUUUGAAGAGACAUUGAAGUUCCACAUCACUCUGGAAGGACUAGAAAGUCGAACGCUGUGGCUGAGUGUGUGGCAUUCAGACAUGUUCGGCCGCAACGACUUCUUGGGUGAAGUCACCAUGGCACUCGAGAACAAAGUUUUUGACGACCCUCUGCCCAAGUUCUACACCCUGCAGGAACGAACAGAACCACUAGAAGAGCUGUUGAGUUCCCGGGGUGAGCUCAUCGUAGGCCUCAAGUUUGUUCCGCCAGAGAACAGCGGAGGAGGCAAGAAGGGCAAAGGCUGUCUGCAGGUGUUGGUCAAGGAAGCAAAGAACCUAGCAGCAGUCAAGAGCAACGGGACUUCUGACCCCUUCUGCAAGAGCUACUUGUUGCCGGACAAGGGCCGUAGUUCUAAGCAGAAGACACCAGUGGUACGCAAAUGCUGUUCUCCAGCAUGGAACCACACCUUCACAUACCAAGGCCUGACGCUGGACGACUUGAGCUCGCGUAGCCUCGAGCUCACCAUCUGGGACCACGAUCGUCUUGCCAGCAACGAAUUCUUGGGUGGAGUCCGACUCAACCUGGGAACUGGCAAGCACAGUGGUAAGCCCGUGGAUUGGAUGGACGCCAGUGGCAAGGAGACGACUCUCUGGCAGCGAAUGUUGGAACGCCCCAACCUCUGGGUAGAGAGUUGUCUGUCUCUCAGGCCUUCACUCGACGUGCGCAAUACUUCUUAAGUUUUGACUUCAAGUCCCAACUUAGUUUAAAAAACAUAUCCCCUAGUGUAACUUUGAUCUGACUUUGUUAGAUAUAAAACUUAGGUACAUUAAUUAUGUAAAAUUAAUAUUUUGCUAUUGUAUUUGUAUGGUGAUGUCUUUUGUAAAUAAAAUGUGAAUUUGUAAUCAAUUUUUGUAAAGAAAUAAAUUUAACUGCCAAUUUACAUUACAAA